GGUAUCCACGAGGUAUCCGUUGCGCCAUUUAAACCCGACUCGUUCAUUUUGAGUCACGAUCUUGAACGAUUCGAACGUGGGUCGUCGCGAGUCUUUCGUAUCAUUUCGUGCUGUGUGAUCAUCAAUUAUAGAGCAUACCUUUUUUUGAGAGGAAUUUCAUCACCGAUGUAGCAGCUGGCUGAAAUCACUCUAUGAAAACCAUCGGGAAUGAUUCUAGCAAUUCAACCUUCUGAAACUCUAGCAGAACAUUUUCGAGGCAGAUCGGUGAUAAUCGGGGCAGCAUGAUUGAUGAUAAAUAUUUAAAAAUUCCCGUACUGGUAAGCAAUGGGUUUGAGGACAUAGCUAAGCAGAAGGUUGUGGUGAAUAUUUGUAUUUCUUUUAUCGUAAUGACCGCUGGAAGUUAUUCAAAUGCUUAUAGCGAUAUCAAAUUUGACUUUUAAACAAUCGGAGAUGCUCUUAACUCUCAUUCUUGCUGGCGCGCGCACGCACACAAACACACACACACUCGUAUAAAUUCUUCGAUCACGUGCUUUACUCGAGGUUUCACGUUUCGUUUCGUUAAUGGAAUGUAAAUCAACAACUUAGAGAUGCGUUGAACCUUCCUUCCAGAUAGAGCGUGGCACUUAGGAAACAAGCACUAAGAACAAAACAGAGUGGAAUACAGAAACGUUUUAAAAGCAGUGAAGAAACAAACAGCAUACACGGAAAACGUAAAAGCCUUUCAUAAGUUAGAAUUCUUUCGAGAAUUCAAGACCCAAGGAACAGCCAAAAAAACCAAGUGAAGUGUGACAAAUUUGAGCAAUAGCUUAUCCCAGUGCCGAAAGAGAAGGACGAACCUCGUGAUGACUUCUGCAGAGUGUUGAUCGUAUCGUAUCAGUGUUCGAAAUAGUAGACCCGUUUGAUCAAAAUGACGGCGGGCGAAAGUCCCACGAAAUCAACGGUGCGGUUAGCGACAACGAACGCCUCACAUCAUAAUGGCACCUCGGCCGGUGGAGCAAGUGCAACGGUGGGUGGUGGCGGGACAGCCAUCACGAAGCAAUGGUGGAAGGUGUGCUUUCUGUAUGGAGGCAACCAGGAGAAAUACUAUCGCCAGAUCUACGGUAAAGCGGCGUCCGAACGUUUGGCCGCAGCUAGUGCCAAGCAGAUGGUGGUCACCACGCCAGAAGUCGCAAUUGGAGAUGGUAACGACCGAGCUGGAACUUGUAGCACAAAAGUUCUUACCACCGGUAAGAGCAUCCCAACACUUCCGACCAAGAAGCAAUCUCCAUCCAGUCGGUUCCGGAUGUCCCAAUCCGGCAAUAACUCUGCUUCUCCAGCGUUGGAAGAUGCGUUUCGGUUCCGCAAAGGAUCCCCAGUUAUUAAGUCAGCUUCCUCACGGUCAAGUCUCGCCAUGCCAACAGUGCCCGUACCGGGGGAGCGUUCUCCACGUCCGAAUGCUCCGGCCGGGAUACUUCGCAAGCGGGUGACAGUGCUGGACGAUUCGUUUCUUCUGGGUAAUAGUGUAGAACUUCUGGGCUCCGAGCUGGAGGCGGAAGUGGACGAACAGCGAUCGGACAGUGGCAUCAACGUCGAUGCCCGGCAACCGUCGCCACAGGUGGCCGCCGAUGAGCAGCAGCGUCUGGAAUGCCAUCGGCCAGGUAUGCGUCGAACGUUCCACCUGAGCGGAGAGGAACUCCGUCUGCUCAACUUUGACCACGAGCAAGACAUCGGUGGCUCGCUGGCCUAUGCCACUUCCAACGGUACCUCGUCGACGGCUGCAACUCCUGCCCAUAAGCAACAAAUUAGUGCCGCAAGCAAUCCAUCAACAUCAUCAUCAUCAUCAUCAGUAACAACGGCUACAGCAUCGUCAUCGUCGUCGUCGAAGAUUUCCACCGGGAACUUGAUGCGGCGCUCGCUACUAAAUGCCGCUGGGAACGCUGGCGGAUCGUUAGCGGGAACACCGAUUACAACGGGAGCUUCCGUCGCAGUGUCAAGCAACAAUGAGGUGUCAUCGUUCAUUCCAUCAGUACAAAUGUCGUAUCCAUACCAAAAAUCUCAUCAUCAAACACAGCCGCAGAACGGGCACCCACAGCAUCAGCUGAUACUGCAGCAUCCUCAUCAGCAACAGGAUCACUCAGCACAUCAUGCGCACCAUGCUCACGCCCAUCCGUACGGGUACGGGGAUGUGGGCCGAAGCCCACUACGAAGUCCUCAAUCUCCUCCACUGUACAGUGGCAAACCACCUGCGCCUCCACCACAGUCGUACCACUACUGUCCACCGUCCCUAUCAGUAGCACCAGCAACCAUAACAGGCAUUCCAGGACAACAGGCUGGAAUGGCCCUUCCCCUAACGGGGGCGGUUGGUGGGGAUUGCUUUAUGCUGCCACCUCUCCAACCGCAAUCACCCGACGGUUUGCCGACCGUGUCGAACACCAGCACUACGGCCACGAAUGCCCCAUCGGUGCGAUCGGUUUACCCGCAUCACCAGACAUAUUCGUCGAUCGGAUCGUCCCAUCAUCCGUUUCAAUCACCAUCGACGGCGGCCGCCCUCAUUGGGCCAUCGAUGCCACAGCAUCCGCAUCAAAUGCCCUACUCCUCGAUGCAUCAGCAUCUUCUCGGACCGGGCAAUGGUGGAGGCCCUUCGACGGCACUCGGACCAAACUCGGCGGUAGGAGCCCAGGGAGGAUCGGGAAGUGUAGGGCUGAUGGGAGCCGGUGGAGCCAGUGGACCACUUGGAGGGCCAGGCGCUGGAAUAGGAGGAGUGGUUGGCGGUGGAGGUGGAGGAGGUGUCGGUGCGGGUGGCGGCAUGGGAGGUCAUAACUACUCGCAGUCGGAUGAUGAUAGUGGCUGCGCGCUGGAGGAGUACACCUGGGUACCGCCCGGGUUACGUCCGGAUCAGGUUCAUCUAUACUUUUCCGCCAUCCCGGAGGAUAAGGUCCCGUACGUAAACAGUAUCGGCGAACGGCAUCGAGUUCGACAGCUGCUUCAACAGCUUCCACCGCACGAUAAUGAGGUUCGCUACUGUCACUCACUGACCGAUGAAGAACGGAAAGAGUUGAAGCUGUUCUCUGCCCAGCGCAAACGGGAAGCUUUGGGACGUGGCACAGUCAAACAAAUAACGACCAACCUUAUUUGCGAGCGAUGUGGAGAAUGUGCAUCUUCCGGUGACAUGAUGGUGUUUGCGUCACGAUUCGAGUCCAACACCUGUUGGCAUCCUGCCUGUUUCGCUUGUUGCGUUUGCAAGGAGCUGUUGGUCGAUUUAAUCUACUUCCAUCGCGAGAAUCGGCUGUACUGUGGACGACAUCAUGCCGAAACACUCAAACCCAGAUGCUCUGCCUGUGAUGAGAUCAUCCUGGCUGACGAGUGCACGGAAGCGGAAGGACGAGCAUGGCACAUUAAACACUUUGCUUGCUUCGAGUGCGAUAAACAGCUUGGUGGUCAGAGGUACAUCAUGCGAGAUGGUAAACCGUAUUGUCUGCACUGUUUCGACGCCAUGUUUGCCGAAUACUGCGACUAUUGCAGUGAACCAAUCGGUGUGGAUCAGGGCCAAAUGAGCCACGAUGGCCAACAUUGGCAUGCGACGGAUCAAUGCUUCUCCUGCAGUACCUGUCGCUGUUCGUUGCUCGGUCGUCCGUUUUUGCCUCGCCGGGGGGAGAUCUACUGUUCCAUAGCCUGCAGUAAAGGUGAACCACCGACACCUUCGGAUGGUUCGCUACCGGCUGCCGCCGUCCUUUUACAUGGCAACGUACGAAACAAUCGUACUAUCGACGAACAGCAGCAACGAGAAGAUGGCAAAGAAUAUGAUCACACAAAUGCCAAAUCAUACCGAAGCUCUCCAUCUCAUCGGAGCGCCCGAUCGCCGGAACCGCUUCGAAGCCCGGACCGGGGCACUAGGUGUCUCUCACCACCACACACCGAGACAAGCAAUGUAGAGUCUAACUUCGAUGGUAAUGGAAACGAUGAGAUGACUCUUUCUUGCUACACUGCUGCCACCAGCAUUACGACGUCAAUGUCGGCUGCAACGGGUAACACCAGCACGACACUUGCCACCACUGCCACCAACAAUACCGCCAACACCGAGUCGGCCAUUCCGGCCAACGAUCACGAAGUACAAAGCCAUGAAAACAUCAACGGUAGCAGCGAUCGAGAGCAUCUUCUCAGUCCUGCUUCCAACACAACUGGAACGACGACGACGAGCACGGAUGCGUCGAGUGGUGGUGUGGGUGACUCAAAUCGCCAUCGUAUUCCUCAGUGUUCGCCGGAAUUGAACCGACUGCUACACAAAGAUCGCAGUCGUCAACCUCUCGAUUUGACCGAUUUGGGACACAGUCUGGAACAGCACUGGCAAUCGGAACGUGCGGGCAGCGAGACAAUCUCUAUCACUACAGCUACUGCCACCGUUCGGACACAAACAGCGACACCGAACGGGGCCGCUAGUAUGAACGGUGGACCAAUUCUAACGUCCUCCAUGCCGGAACUUAAUCGUUGUCUAGCACCGGGCAGUGGAUCGCAGAGUUUCAGUGGCACCAACAGUCCCACGCCUAUGCCAAUAGAGGACAGUGUCGUCGCGAUGGGCGACGACGCGGAUGAACAAAACCAAAACGGCUCGGAUGCGUCGCAUUCCAUCGUGGAGCUUCCGACACCACCGCCAAUAGUUAUCAAAAAAGAAGUCCGCUUCGAGGGAGAUUUCCAGGACUCGUUGCCCCGCACUAAAAGCUACUGUCAGCGCAAUAGUGGACAGCGUAAUCGGGCAGCUAAAUCGUCUAAAAGAAGAACGGAAUACGAUCGCUACGAGCAUGGUUCCUCAUCUCGACGCCAUCAUCAUUCGGUGUCACAACAACAGCAUCCACACGAUCGGCACGAUCGUAAUGGUGAUCGUCACGGUUCCUCCAGCAGACGCUCACCUCGUCGUCGACGCCAUAAUACUCGCGAUGAGCAGAGCCAUCGGAGAAGCUACGGCUCUGAUGAAGAUGAGCUGGCAGAGGACGAAACCGACAACUAUCGGCGUCAUCAUCAUUCCCAUCAUCGGGACCAGCGACCUGUGGAUGAUUCGGAUACACGUAGCGUUUGCUCUACGUGCUCAUCUAGCUCUUCCAGUGCCGAUGACGAUGUGUACGAGCUACCUCUCCGGCGCACCUCGUACGGUGGCACUCGGAUACACUAUAUGCCAAACAACUCGCUGGCGUGUGCCAGAAAGCGAAAGCAACUGCAGACUUCCGGUGUUGGUAAUCAGCAUUUUGAGAAGGACAAUAAGAACUGUAUCAUAUCGUAGGUAAGCAGCCCGUGAGUGUUUUGUGUUGUCCCUUGUUCCAAACCUGUUACAUAUCUCUUGUCUGGCGGGCUUUUUCCUGCUGCUAGAUUUACAAUUUGAACGUGAAAGCAAUAUUAAUAAGAUAAGAAAAGAAUGAACGAAACAAAGCA